UUGCUUUCUCUUAGUUUUCUUUUUAUAUGUUUUUUUGCUUGUUUGUUUACAUCUUCCUUGUUAGUGAUGAGGAGCUCACAGACCCCCAAGACUCUUUUCUGUCUUCUGAAAUGGCAGCAGAACCUGCUGAUCACAGUAAUGAUGCAAGUCACAAAGUGGGAAUGUGUAAAAAGUCCAGCAGCCCUAAACAGAGGUUUGUACACUUUGGGCCAGUGACAGAAAUUGAUCAUCAGAAAUGGGAGAAGCCCUCCAAUGCUAGGGCCAUGACCAAAGACGAAAUGGAAGAGACAGCCAGUAGGAAAAGUGCUGGGCCUCUUGGGACCUCAAGUGAAUACGCAUCCUCACCCUCUGUGAGCCAUGUGGAGUCCGUUGGCCAUACCGAUGAAGUCUGCAGCCCACAUGCUAAUUCCAGUGAAAUAAUAUCAUCGAAUAUAGAUGUGUAUAAUUCAUCUGUCCUGAAUAGUUGCACUGAUUCUAAGAAGCAAAUACCAACCAGUCUGAGUGAAUGUCACGAAAGCAGUGAAGAAGAGCUGGAUGGCAGCUUCCCAGAUAUUGAGAGAGAUGACAUGCUGGCUAGACGAUUUGGAACUUUUCAGAAAUCUGCUAGCCCAGUUCGUACAUCUUAUUCUCCUAUUUCAGUAGUCAAUAAUCAUCCAUUGAAAAAGCAAGAAAAGGUUGCUUUUUGUGGGGAGCAAAAAAUUCUACAGACAACAGAAAGAACUUCUGCAGAGUCUUGCACAACACAGCUUGGUCUUAGAACAUCUUUGCCUGUAUCCCUCAUUUCUCCUGGAACAUGUGAAGAUGUGCAUGGGGACUCAGAAGAUCAAGAUGAACACAAACAUAAUGUGACAAGAGAGAAAGUGGGAUUAGAAAAUCCAGGUAAAGAUGACAUGAUGGCAAGAAGAACCAGAGUUUUUCUGAAGCAGACUGAACCCAGUGUUAAACAGUUCCUUCCAGUUCCUCUCUCGAAGCAGCAAAAUGGUGAGGAAGCAGCGAAGGACCUUGUAAAGACUGAACAGAAAGUGAAGAGCAUUACUAUGCCAGACUUGGUAGUCACUGAGAAACAUCCAAAGCUUUUUGUGGAAAGCCACAAAAGCCUCACAGUGCAACCCGAGUGCAAACUGGAACAAAGCACACACAGUUUCCUUGGCAUAAGACAAGAGGAUGCAUCUUCUGAUGUUCCUGAGGAUAUGACUGACCCCAAACCAACCCAAUCACAACAUUCUUCUGAGAAGCAGAAAGCUCUUGAAAGAAACCACGAAGAAUUUCCUGCACAAGAAGACCAAUCCAUACAAACGUGAGCUAUAUGGUCCAGAACUUGCAUCCUAAAGCACUCUGUAGUCACUAGGAAAUGCAUUUAUUUGUGUGUGCAUGCUGGGAGCAAAUGGAUUUUGCUCUUGCCUGGUUUAUUUGAUUAACUGCCAUAUACACGGGUAGUGUGCCUUUUGAAACUAAUAAAAU